UCCCGGUCCUGGUCCGGGGCCGUCCGCGGCCAUGCUGUCCCUGUCCCUCGUGGUGGGCCUGGUCCCCUUCGUGUCCCUGCUGGGGCUGCUGUUCUCAGCGGCGCUGGACCAGGACUUCCCUCAGGGCUGCACCAGCAGCAGCAGCCUCUGCUUCUACAGCCUGCUGCUGCCCGUCUCCGUCCCCGUCUACGUCUUCUUCCACCUCUGGGGCUGGAUGGGACUCAAGCUCUUCAGGCACAACUAGGCCCCGCCCCCGGGAGGCCCCGCCUCCAUGGAGGUCCUGCUCCGUUCUGGUCCGACGGGAGCGAGCAUGCUAUCGCUAAUGACGCAGCUUUACCAUCGAGUCCAGAAGAACGUUGAACAAACAGGAAAUGGAGUAAAACCCGUGACUUUACAAAA